AUGUCGAUGGCUUCCUGCUCUUCCUCUUCCUCUUCACUCUCUUCUUUUCGUUGGGAAUAUGAUGUUUUCUUAUGUUUCAGAGGGGAGACUCGCCAUAACUUCACCAGCCAUCUCUACUCAGCUUUGUGCAAAAUGCAAGUCAAGACCUUCAUAGAUGAUCUACUGGACAGAGGAAAAGAUUUAGCCGCCCUCUUGAAAGUGAUUGAACGAUCAGCUGUUGUUGUGAUCAUUUUCUCAGAAAACUUUGCGGAAUCUGAAUGGUGCUUGGAUGAAGUGGUCAAAAUAGUUGAAUGCAUGAAGACAAUGGGACACAUAGUUUUACCAGUUUUCUACCGUGUAGAUCCAUCCAUUGUGCGAGGUACUGCUACUGGCAGUUUUGCAGAUGCGAUUUCUAAACAUGAAGAAACUGCAAAGAAUGGAGAAGACGAAUUGACUCUAAAGAAAAUCCUCAAGUGGAAAGAUGCCUUGCUCAUAGCUUCCUCCCAAGCUGGGUGGGAUUCGAAGGUCACCAGGCCUGACUCCAAAAUUAUUGAGGAAAUAGUUAAAGACGUUUUGAAGAAACUAAAUCAAAGAUCCCCAAAUUUUGACUCUCAAAUCUUGGUUGGACUUGGUUCCCGUCUUUCAAAGAUUGUGAAUUUGUUAAGCAUUGGUUCAAGCGAGACUUCCGUCGUAGGGAUAUGGGGAAUGGGUGGUACAGGGAAGACAACUAUCGCCAAAAGUAUAUUCAAGCAGUUAUCAGAACAAUUUGAAGAAUGUUACUUCAUAGAAAAUGCGGAUGACAAGUUAGGAAAACAAGGAGCAAAUCAUUUGGUAUACGAAACAUAUUCACAAAUAUUAGGUGAAAAUCUGGAAGUAGAGACUUUGUGUUUAGAAAAGCACUUUAUGAGGUCUCGUCUCCGAUAUAAGAAGGUUUUUCUUGUCUUUGAUGAUGUGAAAGACUUCCGACAGCUUGAAGAUUUACUACUUGGUGGUACUUAUGAUAACUUUGGAUUGGGAAGUAGAAUCAUUGUAACAUGUAGAGAUCGUCUAGUUCUUCAAAAUGUAAAUGCAAAGAUAUAUGAAGUUGAGGAAUUAGAUGCUUCUGAAUCUCUCGAACUCUUCAGUUUGUAUGCUUUUAAGCAAAUCAAACCACCGGAGGAUAGCUUCGACCAUGCGAAGUUGUUUGUAAAUCAUUGUCAGGGAAAUGCUUUGGCUCUUAAAGUUUUGGGUUCAUCCUUGUAUGGUAGAAGUAAAGAAGAUUGGGAUAGUGCACUAGAGCGAAUAAAGAAAGUUCCUAAUGGCGAAAUUCAAAAUGCCCUGAGAAUUAGUUAUGAUGGACUAGAUGGUGAACAGAAAAAUGUAUUUCUUGAUAUAGCAUGCUUCUUCAGGGGAAUGGAUCGAAGUUAUGUAAUGAAGAUAUUAAAUGGCAGCUAUACUUCAGUACAUUUUGUUAUCAGUAGCCUUAUUGAUAAGUCUCUCGUAACUAUUUCUGACAGAAAGGUAGAGAUGCAUGAUUUAUUACAUGAAAUGGGUCAGGCUAUUGUUUGUGAAGGUACAAGAGUUGAAAUGCGCAGCAGGUUAAGGAAUGCUGAGGAUAUCUUUAACGGAACUGAAACAAUUGAAGGCAUAUGGUUAGACAAAUCAUACAUGGAAGAUGUGUAUCUAGAAGCUGAUACCUUUAGAAGGAUGAACCGAUUGAGGUUGCUCGUCAUUGAUGCUAGUAACAUAGCAUUUCCUCCCAGUGGCCUACAGUUUCUUAGCGAUGAGCUACGGUAUCUUGACUGGAAUGGUUUCCCUUCAAAUUCUUUGGCUUCAAAUUUCUGUGCUGAAAACCUUGUGGUUCUUUGCUUACCAGAUAGCAAGAUCAAACGACUUUGGACAGGAGUACAGCAUCUUGAGAAAUUAAAAGAACUUCAUUUGCAGCGUUCCAAGUAUUUGUCUAGGCUGCCAAAUCUAUCCAAAGCGGAAAAUCUUGAGAUAAUUGAUCUUACUGGUUGUGCAAGUUUAGUUGAGAUUAACUCGUCCAUUCAAUGUCUCGGAAAAUUGGAAAUCCUCAUCACCAAAGGUUGCAGGAAUCUACGUAGGCUUCCGAGCAGGAUUGGUUCUAGAUGUCUUAAAAUUCUUGAUGUAUCAAAUUGCUCAAAGGUCAAACAAUGUCCAGAGAUUUCAGGAAACUUAGAGCAGUUAUGUUUUCAUGGAACUGGCAUAAAAGAACUACCCCAAUCACUUCAAGAAUUCAGUGAUCUCAGAUGGUUUGAUCUCACUGGUUGCUCAAAUCUUUCCAAGUUUCCCAAUUUUCCAAGAAAUGUAGAAGUGCUGAAAUUAGAUGAGACUGGAAUAGAAGAGGUUCCUUCAUCAAUCAUGUUCUUAACAAGACUUACCAGCCUAAGUAUGAACGGUUGCAAAAAGCUUUUGCGUAUCUCAGACAAUAUUUCUAAAUUGAAAUCACUCGGCUCUUUAGGUCUACGAGACUGCACGAAACUUGAGUGCUUCCCAGAAAUAUUGGAGCCAAUGUAUCUUAUAAAGUAUCUCUCUUUAAUGAAUUGUAGAAAUUUGAAGACGCUUCCUGACAGCAUUUGUAAUUUGAAAAAUCUGGAAUAUCUUAGUCUAGAGGAAACAGCUAUUGACGAACUGCCCUCAUCCGUGAUACAUCUUUCUCGAUUGAAAUCACUCCGCCUGCUCAAUUGCAAGUCUCUUCAUUCCUUGCCAGAGCUUCCACCAUCUCUACACGAUUUACAGGCAAGAGGGAGUGAAUCACUGAAAUCCUUAUCUAGUAGUGGCACAAGCAAUUUCAACUAUCUAAGUUUUUCAGAUUGCUUCAAUUUGGAUCAGAAGGAACUCAGCAAAAUCAUGGUAGACGCUCGGUUAAGAAUACAGUCUGGUGAUCUAAGAAAUGAAGUUCGGUUUGCUUUUCCUGGGAGUGAAAUGCCUGAAUGGUUUGGUGAACAAAGUAUGGGUUCUUCGGUAUCCGUAAAGUUACCAGAACACAUUCGAGGAGUGAAAGGAAUUGCCUUCUGCAUUGUCCUUGCUUGGGAAAAACCUACAUCACUUCAUGAUUUUUGCUAUGAUAAUUCCGUCACUGUUACAUGCAACAUCCUCGGUGAUGAAGGUGAAUUUAUUUCUUGCUCAACGAUUGCAUCGAAUGAAUGUAUCCAUCUAGAGGAGUCAAAUCAUGUGUUACUACAUUAUGAUCCAUCUAGAACGUUAUGUCGAUCAUUAUAUUGUAGCGAGAAGGUUUCAUUUCAGUUUCAUCCACAUGGCCCUUACAAGGUGAAUCAAUGCGGGGUCCUUCUAGUCUACGAACACUACGAUGAUAAUUCACUUGAAACUUUACGAAUUUUGAGUGAGAUCAUUGACAAACUAUAG